UUGGACUUUACAUUUAGUAUUUGUUUGGACUUUGUCGUUAACGGUUCGUUCUCCCGUUCGCUCGUUCGUUCGUUGUAUUUUUUUGCGGUUUGCUUUUGAAUAAAAAAUAAAUAAAAUAAAAAAAUAAUUGUUUAAAUAAAAAAAUAUUAUUAAUGAAGCAUAACGGUUGAACCGAAACUCUUAAAUAUAACACGCGUUGAAAAAAAAGUAGUAAAACAAAUUUAUGCUGUACAAAACAAAACAAAAUAAAUACAAAUUGUUAAACACAAGUGCAAUUGAAAAAAUAUAUAUAUUUAGAUAAAACAAAGUGCAAAUGCAGUGUAGCUGAAAAAAAGAAAAAGAAAACAUUCUGACGUGCAACAGUUUUAUAUAUUUAUACAUAUAUAUAUAUAUAUAUAUUUAUAUAUAUGUAUAUGAAUUGAAAAUCUGCCUCUAACAGCCGCUGCAUGCGGCAUGCUUUAAAAUAGCAACAAGCCAAAACAAAAAGAAAAUAAAAAUACAAAAUAAAAUAGAAUAGAAAAAGGAAAAUACAGAAAAAUAACGACAACAACAACAAUGAGACAAAAUGUGUAAAUAAAAACGCACAUGAAUCUAAACAUUUUACAGUGAAAGCAAACACACCACCACAGCACACAAACGGAGAGAGGGACACACACACUCACACUCAGAGACGCACACACACACCUACAACAAGAACUAUCAAACAUCAACAACAGCCGCAGCGGCAGCGCCGCAACGUCGACUGCGCUACGUAAUCAACCCAAAGAAGAGAAGGGGAGCCAAACGCAACAAAGAGGAAGAGCAACAGCGGCGUGUUAAACGGCGACUGCGACGGCGACGGCGACGUCAGACUUGCGUCUGCAGUUUGUCUGUCUGCAUUGUCUGGCAUGUCCUGGCGUCUACAGUGCGCACCCACUACGGCUGUACGACUGACUGACUGACUGAGUGAAUGCCUGAUCGAUUGACUGAUUGAUUGAUUGGUUGACUAACUGCCCGACUGAGUGUCGCAGUUGAAACAGUUGCCAAAAGUGCCCCAAUGCAAAUAAAAAUACGAAAUGAAAUUAAGUGAAGUGAAAUACGAGCGUAAAGUGUACAGUGCAUAAAAUCUAUAAGAAUUAUAGUGCAAAGAGUGCGAAAGAAACACAACAACAGCAAUUGCAAAAAAAAAAAUAAAAUAAAAGGAAAAUAUUAAAUAAAUAAAUAUCCAACUCUCUGUGCUUAAUCUAUACCUUUGUAAAUGGAUAACGAUUUGUAUGGAUUAGUAGCCGAUUACACGCGUUUCAUAGAUGCUAACGCUUUUGUUUGCUGAAGACGCGGGGCGUGGCACGCCAUAAAAAUGUAUUUCGUGCGCAAGCAAGUGCGUAAGAAAUACUAGAAAAAAUACCGAAAAGUCAAAGCGGAGAAACGUACAUAGACUACGAUUUCGAAAAACUAGAAGCGGAACCCAUUGGACCGCACGGGAAAAUCGGAUUUUCGUGUUACGCAAGCUUGGAGCAAAAAGGCAGCACAACGGCGACCAUCGGCUAUCAAAUGAUGAAACGACGCUGGUCGAACAAUGGCGGCUUCCUGCGCAUCCACGAGGAGUCCUCCUCGGAGGUGACCUCCUCCAGCAAUGGCCUCGUCCUGUCCUCGGGCCUCAGCAUGUCGCCGUCGCCACUGGACUCGCCCGACUACGGCGACCAGGGCAGCUGGCUGUGCGGCAACGAUGCGGGCCAGCACUAUGGCAACACCUUGGGGCAUGCCACUGCGCAGCAGCAGAGCGUCAUUACGCUGGCCAUGCACGGCUGCUCCAGCACGCUGCCCGCACAGACCACCAUAAUACCCAUCAACAGCAACAACAAUAACAACAGCAGCAACAACAACAACAACAACAACAAUAGCAGCAGCAACAACAACAACAAUAGCAAUGGGUACGUGCCAGGCGCCACGAACCUGGGCUCCCUCACGAAUGGGGGGCACAUGGUGGGCAGCCUGGUCAGCGGCAUGCAGCAGCUGCAGCAGAAUGGCCACAGUUUGAUCAACUCGACCACGCCCACACCGGGCUUGCACAUGCAACAGAACGGCAUCAAUGGCUCCGGCGGCGGGGGCACAGCACCAGUCGGCGGCAUGUCCUCCAUCGGCCUGGGCCUGAGCGCGCUUCAUCACACGAACGGCAGUUCCAACGGACUCGGCUCGAAUCCGGGCAAUGGGGCAGCGGUCGGCGUCAUGGGCGUGCCCAUGGGCAUGGCCAUGCAGCACACGCCGCGCAGUGAUUCAGCAAAUUCCAUUUCAUCAGGUAAUGUCAUACAGCCAUACAACAUUUUCCCAGCCACAGGUCGCGAUGAUCUCUCGCCCUCGAGCAGCCUCAACGGCUACUCGGCCAACGAGAGCUGCGAUGCGAAGAAGAGCAAGAAGGGCCCGGCGCCCCGGCUGCAGGAGGAGCUGUGCCUGGUCUGCGGCGAUCGAGCGUCCGGCUAUCAUUACAAUGCGCUCACCUGCGAGGGCUGCAAGGGCUUCUUCCGGCGCAGCGUGACGAAGAAUGCGCACUACUGCUGCAAGUUUGGACGGGCCUGCGAGAUGGACAUGUACAUGCGGCGCAAGUGCCAGGAGUGCCGGCUGAAGAAGUGCCUGGCCGUGGGCAUGCGACCGGAGUGCGUGGUGCCGGAGAACCAGUGCGCGAUGAAGCGGCGCGAGAAGAAGGCCCAGAAGGAGAAGGACAAGGUCUCCAGCUCCCCCAGCUCACAGCACAGCGCCGGCGGCCCCGCUGGAGCUCUCCACGGCACCCACGACUACGUCAAGAAGGAAAUUCUCGACCUCAUGACGUGCGAGCCCCCCCAGCAUGCCACAAUUCCGCUACUACCUGAUGAUAUUUUGGCCGAGUGUCAAGCGCGCAAUAUACCUCCAUUAACGUUCAAUCAAUUGGCCGUUAUAUAUAAAUUAAUUUGGUAUCAGGAUGGCUAUGAGCAGCCAUCCGAAGAGGAUCUCAAGCGUAUUAUGAGUCAACCCGAUGAGAAUGAGAGUCAGACGGAUGUCAGCUUUCGGCACAUCACCGAGAUAACCAUACUCACAGUGCAGUUGAUCGUGGAAUUUGCGAAAGGAUUACCAGCGUUUACAAAGAUACCGCAAGAGGAUCAGAUCACGUUACUCAAGGCCUGCUCGUCUGAGGUGAUGAUGCUGCGAAUGGCUCGACGCUACGAUCACAGUUCGGACUCGAUAUUCUUCGCGAACAAUCGAUCGUAUACGCGCGACUCGUACAAGAUGGCCGGAAUGGCGGACAACAUUGAGGAUCUGCUGCACUUCUGCAGACAGAUGUUCUCGAUGAAGGUGGACAACGUGGAGUACGCGCUACUCACUGCCAUUGUGAUCUUCUCGGACCGGCCGGGCCUGGAGAAGGCCCAGCUGGUGGAAGCGAUACAGAGCUACUACAUCGACACGCUACGCAUUUAUAUACUCAAUCGCCACUGCGGCGACUCCAGGAGUCUCGUCUUCUACGCCAAACUACUCUCCAUACUCACCGAGCUGCGCACGCUGGGCAACCAGAACGCCGAGAUGUGUUUCUCGCUCAAGCUCAAGAAUCGCAAGCUGCCCAAGUUCCUGGAGGAGAUCUGGGACGUGCACGCCAUACCGCCCUCAGUUCAAUCCCAUCUCCAGGCCCAGCAGGAGGAGCAGGAGCGACGCGCCGAGCGGAUGCGUGGCGCUGUCGGCGGCGCCAUAACCGCCGGUCUUGACGCCGACUCCGCCUCUACAUCCUCCCAGGCGGCGCUCGCUGCCGCCGCCCAACAACAGCCACUGCAUCAACAGCAACAGCACCAGCAGCUCCACACGCUGCCCGUGCACACGCUGCCGCUACCCGUGCCCGGUGGCUCCGUCUCGGCUGUCAGCACCACCAGCGACUAUAUAGGUGGCGGCGGUGCUAUGGGACCCACCACAGCGGCCGCUAGCUCCAGCACCAGCAUCACAGCCGCUGUGCCCGCGAGCUCAACGACCGCGCCGGUGGCCAACGGGGGAGGGGCGAACGUCAGCAUGUAUGCCAAUACGCAGGCGGCGAUGGCUCUGAUGGGCGUGCCCCUCAAAUCGGAGCACUCGACAACCACUGCAUAGCCCCUGCUUGAGGGCAUAAGCAUGGACACAGACGUGGGCGUGCCGGUGGGUGGUCUUCUGUUGGGCAGCAUUAUUGAGUGAGCUGGGGAUUGGCAGCUGUGAGCAUACACCUUUACGCCCACACCCACACUCCCACUCACACAUCCACAUAGAUCGAGCUGUACUGUUAGGCACUUUGAUAAUAGAUUCACCCGAUUUGUAUAUAGCCGGAGAAACUGUCAAAUUUUACAUAUUCAAAAUAGUUUUUUUACUGAGCUGAACGAAACAAAGCGCGUGGAUUUAAUACAUAAGUGCGUAACGGCACAUUUGCUUGAUCUAAUAUAUAUGUAUGUGUAUAUAAACAUAUAUACAAACACCUACAAAUAUAUAUAUAUAUAUUUAUAUAUAUAAAAGCUGGAGAAAAACAUUUUUGAGUAAGCGUAAAAUGCAGUUAUUUAGUGUUAAGUCUGCAAAUAUUAGAUGUAAGGCAUUAUAAAUAUAUAACAAAUAAAAAUAGCAUACUUGGACACACAGACACACCCCCACACACACAGACACAGCUAAUUCUAUAUAACAAAUUCUUAACUAAAACAGAGAAUGCUUAAACAUAUAUAUAUUUAUAUGUAUAUACAGAAUUGGAAAACUCUCAAGCAAAGGGCAUGGGAUUCAUGCAAAGAAUACCUUAACAUAUAUAUAUUUAUAUAUAUGCAUGUUUAUAUACAUAUAAAUGUAUAUAUGUGCAUAUAUGAAGUAUAUAUACAAAUAAAACAUUGUAUUGAAUUUUCUACUGUUAAUUUGCAAGAAAAGUUAGGACCUGUAAAAUUGAAUGCCUGUCAAACUGUCAUGCAAAAAUUAUAAAAAUUAAAACAAAAGAGAAUAAAGAUUGUUUAUAUUUUAAAAAUAUAUAAAAACAAAUACAUACAAUUUAUAAUAUGACUACAAUAAAUACGAAUGUAUAAUAAAAACAAACAUAUAUGUAAUUCAAAAGCAGCGACUAAAUUUGAUUUAAACACCUUGAUCUAUAAACAAAAUGCUAAAUAAUUAACAACUAAUUUAAGUUACAUAAUUCACAAUACAAAAAACCCCAAACUUUUAAAAAACUAAAAUUAAAUCUAAAAAAAAAAACAACAAAAAAAAUACACGCAAACUUGGACUGAUUUUAUAAAUAUUUUAUUAAUCAUAUUAACUGAGUAAAAGAAACGUAAUAAGAAAAAUUAUUGACAAAC